UCUGUUUUACCAGCUUACACUAGUUUUUUUUUUUUACUCUUCUCUUUUAAACUUUUUGAACUUUUUUUUUAACCAUGGACGAAGCACGGGUUGCCAUGGAUCCCAAACGUCUUGAACAUCAUGUCAAGCGAGCACAAGAGGCCAUUGCUGGUGACAAAAAAGAAGUGCCUCCGUUUUGGAUAAACAAGUACAAGAAAGAAGCAGCGAAAAACUGGGAUAUAUUUUAUAAGCGAAAUACAACAAAGUUUUUUAAAGAUCGUCAUUGGACUGAUCGUGAGUUUGAAGAACUUGCAUGCAAGGGCGACCAACAGGUGCGAUGCUUGGAAGUUGGCUGCGGUGUUGGCAACUUUGUCUUUCCUGCACUGGCCGAUAAUCCCAGCCUAUUUAUUUAUGCAUGCGACUUUUCAAAACGUGCAGUUGAAAUGGUCAAGAACAACGACAAGUAUGAUGAAGAACGAUGUCAAGCCUUCGUAUGCGAUUUGACUGUUGAUCCACUUACUGACAAUGUGCCUGCCGACAGUCUUGACCUGGUAUCAGCAUUAUUUGUGUUCUCGGCCAUUCCAGGUGAGAAGAUGGCAGAUGCUAUCAGAAAUAUAUACCGGGUCCUGAAGCCUGGUGGCUACAUUUUAUUCCGUGAUUAUGGUCUCUAUGACGAAGCGCAAGUCAAGUUUAGCAAGGCAUCGGAUAAGAAGCUGGAUCAGAACUUGUAUGUACGACAGGAUGGUACUCUGAGCUAUUUCUUUUCAGAGGAGGAUUUAGCAAGUCGAUUUGAGGCUGAAGGAUUCAAGACGGUUGUCAAUGGUUAUAUUUAUCGAGAGACAACAAACCGGCGGCUCGAGUUGAAUGUGGAUCGCAUAUUUGUUCAGGCUAAAUUUCAGAAGCCAUUAUAAGACACAUUCAUAAUACUUAACCCACCAUCACCAUUAAAGUCUCAUCAUCUUUUUAAAAACCACAGUGCAAAGCAUGUAGUCAUUAGAGAAGCAAUCAAACAAAAGACAAUACAGCACAUUUAGUAGAAUUAUGGAAACGUGCUAAUUAUUAAUACAACGCUUGUAGUCAGAUAUUCUCUCGGCGAAGAAAUGGUUAGCAGAAGAACUAAUGGUUACUAGCGAAUGUAGUUG